GCGGUUUGGCCGCGCGUGAGGCGCGCGGGUUGGCGCGACCCACGCAUCCCUUGCUUGCUUGCUUGCUUGACGAAAGCGCGAAGCAGAGCUACGGGACGGACCCCACGUCUGGAGGAAAUGGACCAUAAAUGUAAGGCUGUGGAGAGGAGAAAGACAUCUCAGAGUGCGAGAACGAGCAGUGUCAGUGGUGAAGAAAAGAAGAAGGGAAGAAGAUUACGGUGCUAUUAUGCUCUUCGUCUCCGAUCUUCCUCGCUCGAGCCUCUUCGCACCCUCGAAAGGCACGAUCUUUUCUUGUUCCUGUUCCCCCUUUGAUUGCUCAACCGUUUCGAUUUUGAUCUUUUCUUGGAGGGGAGUGGGGAAGGGAGCAAGAAUUGCAUGUGGGUUUUUGUUGCUUCUUGAGAUGUUUUGUUUUCUCGAUUGGGAGUUGGCGGUGAUUUGCCCCUCUAUUUCGUCUACUUGCUCGCGGGCUCUUCUUCCGAAGUUCAUUGUAUGUUUACAUCGGUACGCUUCUUCAGAUUGGGUCGAAGAAAUCGAUUUUGGUUUUUCAGUAUUAACCCGCUUUCCUUCCUUUUUCUUUCACGCUAUAAUGCAAUCUCUUUACUUCCUUGUGUUAUUUACAUGGUCGAACACAAAAUGUUCGACAUAUGAUGAUUUGGCAAGAUCGUAAUUGCGGUUGCUAGGUAUUCAAUUGCGCUUUUUCAUGGUUCCAGUGAUAUGUUGGGUGUGAGCCGUAUGAGCGAUUUUGGUAUCCCCGCGACGCUUUUUCUUUGGCAUGUUUAACCUUCUGGGCUUUGCCAAAAGCCUUUCUUUGGAUCAUUGGAUGGAUUUAGUCGGAGGUUGCUAGAUCACUUAAAGAUGUGUGGUUUGAUCAUAUUUUGUUGUAUAAUAUAUUAAAUUCUUAUGUUUGUGUUCUAUAUGUAUUCCGAUAUCUGAUCAUUGGUUUUAACGACUGUCUGUUCUACUUUUGUUAUUCUCUUGCUCUGUGUCACCUUAUUCAUAUAUGUAUUUCAGAAUGUGGUUAGGUAUUCUUUCUCCCAUUUGUGCAAUCAUCAUAGCUUUAUGCCUAUUAAUCUUUUGAUUUGCCAUUUUGACCUCACUUGAUGCCUAUUAUUUUCAGAGACUUUCACUUUUUUUAAUCUAUUCAGGUGUCAACAACAUAGACAAUGAUACUGAGAGUGUUCACUUUGUCCUGAAUUAGGAUGGUGGCUAUCAAAAUAAUAAAUCAAAUCAUGGAUUCGUUCCAUUCCUCGUUCUUUCAGCCUAACUGAACAUGAGUUACCUAUGUGACCAAAAUGUAUCAUGGUUAUGAACUGCUGGAAGAUUGGAACUUGACUAGUCGAGAGAAAAUCUGAAAGUGAAAUCACUUGGUCCUUGGAUGUUUCUGCUUCUGUUUCUUGUCGUUCCGAACUUGGCUCAGUCCCAGAUACUCUUCCAGGGCUUCAACUGGGAGUCGUGGAGGCAACAAGGCGGUUGGUAUAACUUCUUGAAAGACAAAGUCUCUGAUAUAGCCAACGCUGGAGUCACCCACGUCUGGCUGCCUCCGCCCUCGCACUCUGUCGGCGUUCAAGGUUACAUGCCGGGGCGGCUCUACGACUUGGGUGCUUCCAAGUAUGGGAAUCAGGAUGAGUUGAAGGCGCUGAUCGGCGCUUUCCACGACAAGGGAGUCAAAUGCGUGGCCGACAUCGUCAUCAACCAUCGUUGCGCAGACAAGCAAGACGGGAGAGGCAUAUGGUGCAUCUUCGAAGGCGGAACCGAUGAUGCCCGCCUCGACUGGGGUCCACACAUGAUCUGUAGGGACGACACACAGUACUCCGACGGCACCGGCAACCUCGACACCGGCGAGGGCUUCGCGGCGGCUCCCGACAUCGACCACCUCAACACGCAGGUCCAGCGUGAGCUCACGGACUGGCUGAAUUGGCUCAAGACUGACAUCGGCUUCGACGGGUGGAGGCUUGACUUUGCCAAGGGUUACUCCUCAAGCAUCGCCAAGAUCUACGUCGAACAGACGCAGCCAAACUUCGUGGUGGCUGAGAUCUGGAAUUCAUUAGCUUACGGAAACGAUGGGAAGCCAGCAUACGAUCAGAACGGCAACCGCCAAGGGCUGGUUAAUUGGGUUCAGCAGGUCGGAGGCCCAGCGACGGCCUUCGAUUUCACCACAAAGGGAAUACUACAAGCUGCCGUGGAAGGUGAACUGUGGAGGAUGCGUGAUCCCCAGGGGAAGGCGCCCGGCAUGAUGGGGUGGUGGCCGGAGAAGGCUGUCACCUUCGUCGACAACCACGAUACCGGUUCGACGCAAAGGUUGUGGCCUUUUCCUUCUGAUAAGGUCAUGCAAGGCUACGCUUAUAUACUCACGCAUCCGGGAGUCCCUUCCAUCUUCUACGACCACAUGUUCGACUGGGGAUUGAAGGAGAAGAUAACUCGGUUGGCUAAAACCAGAACACGAAAUGGAAUUCAUUCGGGUAGCGCUCUCAACAUUCUGGCCUCUGAUGCUGACCUCUACAUGGCAAUGAUCGAUGGGAAGAUAUUGACAAAGCUAGGCUCGAGAUACGACGUGGGGAAUCUCGUUCCUUCCAACUUCCACGUCGUUGCCUCUGGCAAUGACUACUGCGUGUGGGAGAAGAGAUGAAGAUGAUGAUGAAUCAUGGAAGAGACUUUUCGCUUUCUCGUAUGUGUUGUAAGUAAGAAAAAAAUAUCGUGUUCCCACAUGUACAUUUAUCCAUCCUGCUUGAGAAAAGUUAUAGAAAUGCUAUUUUAUAUAA